UUUGUGCAUAGUGUAUGAUAAUCUUCACAAAUAGGUAUUUUCAGUUUUAUUUUUGCUCAAUAAUAUUUUUUAACUAAUUCAGCUCAAAAACGAUAGUUAAAUAAAAUAAAUAAAAGAUAAAACUAUUGUAAUCUAAUCAAGCGCGAUAAUCAUGAACAAUGGAUUAAUCACCUAGGCAAUAGGCCGUUUGUUACGUAUUGUGCUUAUCAAAAGUACCCUUUCUGCUGAAAUCUUAGAAAGCAAUGAAAAAGUAUAGCUUAUUUUUUUAACAAUUCGCUACGCUACUGUAAUAGAAAACAAAAGUGGCCAGCCAAAUAGAAUUUUGUCUAUGGAUCUGAGUUUUGACAGUUAUUUGAAAAAUAAGUGACAAAAACGAAACGAAAAUUUAUAGGAAAAUACACCGGAAUUAUCAAUUAUUUCGUAUCAUUCACAGUGCACGAUGAAGAAAAUUUAAUAUUGUUUAGAAAAGAGUAUUCUUUAUAAUCUAAUAGACGCUAAAUAAUGAGUGAAUGUUUGUACUCAGUGUUUGUUGUUAUCACAUAAAAUGUAUACUUUGAAGGGUAUAUUUCCUGAACCAAAAAAGGAACAAAAAAAGAAUUUUAUAAGGGAAAAUAUGAAGCAGUUAAAAUUAAUACAGGGUAAAUCACCCAAGGAAACGAAGCUCACUCUUAAAUCAGUGAAUCCCUCCAGAUUUCCCCCUCAAACUGACUCUGCGUCCAACCUCGGACAGAUGCAGUCUGUACAAUCAAACAAAAGCGGGAAAACUAGUAUAAGCAUUGGCAAAAGUUAUUCUUCAAAUUCAAAGAAAAAACACACAGAUUUACGAAUAAAAAAGGGUGAUAUGGCCGAGUUCUUGAAGAGGAAAGAAUUGCUAGCAAAGCAACAGGAAGAAUUGGUGUUUGAUGAUGCUGAAUCGUCACAUUCAUCUGGGCGGUUGAGAGAUAUAGCCUGUCAGACAAUAGAGUCCGCCUUAACCCAGAAGCCUUCAGAAAGUAACAAGUUGACAAUGUUGUAUCCUACGAGGGAAGAUGAUGAGACUACAAUGAAGGCAAGCGGUGACUCCGCGGGACACAUGAGUCUCCAGCUCUCUAGCCCCGUCAGCGCUAGAAGGCUGGAAGAGAGUAUCACUGAAGAGAGAAACCGUAGUCGACUAAAUGCUAUUCUAGAACGAAAGGAUAAAGAUCCUUACUUACCACCAGGUUAUCAAAAAGGUGUUCUCCCAAAAUACCUGCGUGAACGAAAAGAAAACAUGAAAGAAAAAGAAGUGGAGGAUGCCAAAACGAACGAAGACCAUGUGGUAUGCCCUCCAGGACAUGUGACGCUGCCUGACGUUGAGAGAAAGGAGACUCUGCGCAUGCUUAGGAAUAGUUUUGCUGAGUUAGUCAAUGAACUGAACAAAAUGCCAGUAAAGACUGACACACUUAGAAUGAGAAACAGAAAAAUGGAGCUCGAAAAGCAGUUGGCCAAACUAGAAGAGGGCAUUAAAGUGUUCUCCAGACCCAAAGUGUUUGUGAAGAUUGGUGAAUAGAAUACAACCAAUCUGAGAUGGUGGUAUAAAAUUGCCUGUGUUUAAGUACAAUUUAUACAUAUUUUUUGACAUGGAAGUAUUAUUUUUUAGGUUGUAAUCUAUGAAUGAUCUCUGUAUUGUUAUACAUGUAAAUAUUAAUGUAUUGGAAUAAUUUUUUUGCAUGAAUUUCCAGUAAGGUGUCAAUUAAUCACACCAACUUUUUAACCCACCCGCCCUAGUGAUAUGGUGAAAUUUUUGGACUAAAUAGACACAAGUGACCUCUCACUGUAUUCCCCCGUCUCCCUUGUAAUAAUUUAUAUUUUUCCCCCCUUUCAAGCCACACAUGAUUAAUGGACAAUCCCUAACCUAAUUUAAAUCAGUCGGAUGACAGUAGUUAUGAACAGUGAAUUAAGAUGUCUGACUCUGCUGUGCCCAUAUAAAGUAAAAUAUCUUAUGAUUCAAUUAAUGCUGGUGCCUAUUGCCUACUGACCACGAUAUAUAUAUUUUUUGCUAUAUAUUAAUGUAAAUUAGUUUGGCUGACAGUAAUACACCAUAUAAUUAGCUACUUAUUCAAAUUCUUGUAUUUUUCUGUAAAACUUGUCUGUAUGAAAAAAUAUAUUAAAUAUAAUUUGUACUAUUAAGUACAUUACAGUUAUUUGUGUAUUGUGGUAACAUUCUAAAAUUCUUGAGAUUAUCAAUUUAAUUAUUGAUUUUACAAGUAUAACUUAUUUAAUAAAUUACAAUAAUUUAGUAUUAUAAUGCUAUUGUAUGUUCCUUGUAUUAAUAUAAUUGUAUUGUUUACAGUGAUUGUAAUACUUUUUGGAAAUUUUAAUACAUACUAUUUUUGGUUUUGUAAA